AUGGCCAGCGCACCCAACGACAAACCUCUCGACGUGGAGGCAUCCGCCAUGUGGCUUGAUGAGAACUCAGCUACGGAGAACAUGCCAUCAGGUCCUCCAAGCGAGCCGCAAGGUCUUUCUGACCAGACUCGCUAUGUCACGAAGAGCAAGAUCAUCAUGGUAGGCCCUACGCACGCAACGAUGCGGACCACCACCGUUCGGCCAAAGGAUUCCCGCGGGCUCACAGGUUUUGACAGAUUUUCCUCACCUGCGCCUCGGUCGAUUUGGUCGCGUUGAUGGAUCAGACGACGCUGGCCGCCAGUCUGACCCUCAUCUCCCGCGCUCUGAGCUCCUCGGCCAACAACGCCUGGAUUUCCGGGGCGUAUUUCCUGACGUCGACCAGCUUUCAGCUGCUCUACGGUCGGUUGUCGGACAUUUGGUCUCGCAAGACGGUGCUGCUGGCGUGUAUCUUUCUCUUCUUCGUGGGAUCGCUUGCUGCGUCGCUCGCGCAGACGGACACGCAGUUGAUUGCUUUCCGUGCUCUGACGGGAGUUGGAGGUGGUGGGUUGAUGACUCUGGCGCAGACGAUUGUAUCUGAUGUGGUUUCCUUGCGAGAUAGAGGCAAAUAUCAAGGAAUUUUGGUAGGGGUUGUCGAUCUUUAUAUCUUGGUCAUGCUGAUUGUGUCUGUUCAGGGUGCAGUCGUUGCUAUUGCAAAUGGUAUCGGCCCCAUUGUGGGUGCCUCACUCAGUGAGAUCAACACACAAUCUUGGUGAGACGAGUCGUUUGGGGCAUGUACGUCUCCGGAAGCUGAUGAGCCUGCUAGGAGGUGGAUCUUCCGGCUGAACUUACCACUCACCGCAAUCUCGACUGUUGCGAUCGUUUGGAUGAUGCCUUUGAAGAAAGUCGAAGGGUCUUGGCUGUUCAAGCUCAAGGCUAUCGACUUCACAGGCGCAAUCUUGACUCUCUCUGCGUCAACAAGUCUUGUGGUAUGUUCUCACUCGACAGUGCUGUAUUCAUUGCCGCUGAUCAAGGUGUGCAGCUGGCACUGACGUGGGCUGGAGACCAAUACCCGUGGCAAUCGGCGGCGGUCAUUGCACCCCUAGUCAUUGGCGUGGCCUUGCUGGCGGCGUUUGUCUUAUGGGAAGGCAUCGGCCCACGAUACCCUCUCAUGCCUCGUAAGUUCUGCUUUUGAGCUUCUGCGAGAAAAGUGUUGCUCAGCCCUUACUAGUACAUAUCUUCCGGAGCCGGCUGGUCAUCGGGGCAUGCGCGACCAUGUUCAUCAACGGCUGGCUUUUCGUGACGCAGGUCUACUACAUACCUGCUUUCUUCCAGCUUGCGUAUGGACUUUCGCCCGUGAUAUCGGGCGCACUGCUGCUACCCAUCACCCUCACGCAAACAAUUUCAAGCACGACUUCCGGCUUGAUCGUACAUUGGAUCGGACGGUACCGAGAAAGCAUUAUCGUUGGCUGGAUCACUUGGUCCAUCGGGCUAGGGCUUUAUUCAACACUCAAACCCAAUCAGUUCGAAGUAGGUAAAGCAGUUGGCUAUGGUCUGCUUACUGGCUUCGGAGUAGGACAGACCCUGCAGCCUUCCCUAAUCGCAAUACAAGCAGGGGUUGCCAGGCAGGACAUGGCCGUCGUGACCUGUACUCGCAAUUUCGUACGGAACUUGGGAUCAACGCUCGGUCUUGCUGUUGCGGCGACAUUGAUCAAUUCCACCCUGCGACCCGACCUCACGAGACUUGGUCUACCUGUUCAAGAGGUCAUCAAUGGCCCAGAUACAUACCUUGCCAGUUUAGCAGCAGGUAAUCGGGAGGAGGUGCGUCAGGCGAUAUUGAGCUCCUACUCUCAAGGCUUCCGAAGAAUAUUCUACCUCAACGCAGCACUUAGCAGUCUUGCCGUUGUUGUCGCAUGGUUCAUGAUCCCGCAGAUUGGACUGGAUCGGCAGGAUGACGCUGCCCUGAAGGUGCAGGCAGACGAAAAGUCUUCAAAGGAAGGCAUUGUCCAGCGGCAGGCUUAG